UAUUUCAAAAAUUCGAAGAUUAAAAUAACAUAAUUCAAGUUUAUAAUGAGUAAAAAAUAUAAGUACAAACAUAAAAACGAUUUUUAUCAAAGUAAACCAUCAACCUCUAAAAAUUUAAAAGAAGAAGAAACUAAUUUAAUGAAUUUUUCUUUCGCUAAAAAUAAAAAAUUAUUUAACGGUUUUUUGGAAAGCCCUCAAGCAAGAAUACUGGGAGACUAUGCAGAUUUUUGGCAAUUUAUUAGUAAAUACGAAUCCAUGUUAAAAGAUUCCGGACAACCAAUUUUACAAAGACCACAACAUUUUACAGAUGCUAGUUCCACUGAAUUCAAUAAAACACAAUUGAUUUGCUUUGACUUUGAUUUCGAUGAUGCAAUAUCUAAUUUCCGCAAAUACAGCUAUUCAUCAGACAGCAAAAAUUUAAGUUCUUAUCAAAUAGCACAAUUUUUUGAAAUGAUAUUAUUAUAUAUUGAUUUUAAACAAAAAGAAAAGUUUAACAAAUUAAAAAAAUUGAGAGAAGCUCAAAAAAAUUUACCAGUUUACCAGUAUAAAAACGAAAUUCAUGAUGCUAUCAAAAAAAAUCAAGUUAUAAUGAUUGCUGGAGAUACGGGAUGUGGAAAAUCAACACAAAUCCCGCAAUAUGUACGAAAUUUCGGUUAUAGAAAUAUAGCUUGUACACAACCUAGACGUUUGGCAUGUAUAUCUUUAUGUAAGCGUGUUGCAUAUGAAAUGCUACAAUCUUACAGCUCGGUUGUUGGUUAUCAAAUUCGUUUUGAGAAAACAAAAACAAUUAGAACUGAGAUAUCUUUUAUAACCGAGGGACUUUUAUUGCGGCAAUUUGGAUUAGAUUCCAAUUUGGAAAACUAUGAUGUUAUAAUUUUAGAUGAAAUACAUGAACGUAAUUUACAUGGCGAUUUUUUAUUAGGAAUUACAAAGUGCUUAUUAAAAGCAAGACCAAAUUUAAAGUUAAUUUUAAUGUCCGCAACAAUUAAUGUUCAAUUAUUCAAAAACUAUUUUGAAGAAGAAAAUAUUUUCUUAAUUCAAGUUCCUGGACGUUUAUAUCCUAUACAAUUAAUAUAUCAGCCACCAAAAGCUUUAGUAGAUAAAGAAAAAUUAAUAUCUAAAACCUACGAUAACAAAUAUAAUCCAGAUAUGAAUAAAACAAAAAAGAGAGAAGAAAAGUUUAAUGCAGAGCCAUAUGUCAAAAUUCUGAGUUAUAUCGACAAAAAAUAUCCAGCAACUGAACGUGGAGACGUUCUUAUUUUCGUUAGUGGAGUACAUGAAAUUGAUACUGUAAUUGAAGCUGCUAAGCAAUUUGAUGAAAAUGAUGGUAGAUGGACAUUUUUACCUCUUCAUAGUGGUUUAUCGCUUGAAGAUCAAGAUAAAGUUUUUGAAUUGCCUUGUGAAGGCAUUCGUAAAUGUGUUGUUUCAACAAAUAUUGCUGAAACGUCACUGACGCUAGCUGGUGUACGAUUUGUUAUAGACUCUGGCAAAGUUAAAGAAAUGAAUUAUGAUACGCAAUCCAAAACACAAAGUUUGAAAGAAUUCAAUAUUUCUAAAUCAUCAGCUGAUCAAAGAAAAGGUCGUGCUGGUAGAACUGCUCCAGGUGUAUGUUAUAGAUUGUAUUCAGAGGAGGACUAUGAACAAUUUGAUGAUUAUCCUAUACCAGAAAUUCGGAGAGUUCCUUUAGAAACCAUGCUUCUACAAAUGAUUUCAAUGGGAUUGCAAAAUGUUCGAAUAUUCCCUUUUAUUGAAGCUCCGCAUGAGAAAAGUAUUGAACAAUCCAUUUUGACGUUAAAACAGCACGAUGCCUUAACCAACAACGAAAAAAUAACUCAACUUGGUAAGGCGCUUUCAGCUUUACCAGUUGAACUGAUAAUUGGUAAGCUUAUUUUGAUGGGCUCAAUGAUAUACGAUUUGGAAAGAGUUAUAACAAUUGCUUCAAUAUUGAGUAUUCAAUCAAUAUUUACAAGCAGAGCAUUUACUGAUCAAAACUGUAAAGAAGCUAGAAAAAAUUUAGAAUCUUCACAAGGUGAUUUGUUUACAGCUUUAAAUUUUUAUCGAGAUUGGUUAGAACAAAAAUGUGAACGUAAAUCUAACACACGUCAAUUUUGCCGAAAAAUGGGAAUUGAAGAACAAAGACUUUACGAAAUCACUAAACUUCGUAAACAGUUUAAAUCUAUUUUGGAAAAUAGUGAACUAAUGCCAGUGUUAAAUAAACUGCAAACAGAGAAACCAAUGUCAAGUGCAGAGAGGGCUAUACGACACGGAGAAUUGCGAAUUUUAAAAUCAAUAAAACGUGCUAGCAAAUUUGAUUCUGUUGAAAUGGAAAAUAAUAAAAGACAUAAGAAGGAUUGCCAAUCAAAAGACGAUAUUAGAGAUGUAGACUUUCGACUUAAUCAAGACUUUAAUGAUCUUCAAUUAAUUAUCAAAUCAACACAAAUUCGAAGCGCAAAAGAUAUUUUAAUUUUAAAGUUAAUCGUCACAAGCGGUUUUUACCCAAAUUUGGCUAUCCCUGACGAAUUUAAUUAUUGUAAAUCUGAAAGUCAACAAUUUUUUCAUACUUGCUCUAAACCUUUUGUUAGUAUUCAUCCAAAUGCACAACUUUCUUAUCAUUUAGAUGUUCUAAAAUUAAUAGACUCAGAGAUAGUUACUCAAAAGCCAGCGUAUUACAUGCAUUGCAAAGCACCUUUAAGUUCCGCUCAUAAAAUUUUGUGCUAUCAAAGUCUUUUAGAAACAAGUAAAUCUUAUUUAAUUGCACCAUUUUACUUACCAGCUGCACCGACUUUAUUCCUUUUUUCUUAUUCAAUUGAUACAAAUAUGGCUAUAACUAAAGUAGUUUGCGAUUCAUGGUUAUGUAUAGAAUUUCCAACUCCUGGUGCAGGACAAACUUUAUUAGCAAAAUCGAUUGAUUUAAGAGAACGUUGGCUAAACGCUUUAAAUUCACGAUUAACAAGUAUGAGUUCCGUUAGUAAUAACAAUUCUAGCUGGAAUAAGCUAUUAGAUGAACUCAUAUACUUUAUGAAUUCCGAUAUUGUAUAUACCAUCAAACGAUUAUUACCAGCUGACAUAAAAAAUUUAUAUACAACGAUUGAAAUUGGACCAGAUGUUUUUAAUACAAAUCCAUUUUCUAAUGAAUAUCAAAUUACGGGAAACUCUGAAAAAGGUGGCCUCAAUGUUGCUGAACACGUAACUUUUGGUUGUAUUAAAGAAGAAAGUUGGACACUUGAAAUGGAUCGACAAUUAGAAGAUCAAUCUUGGUCGUGUGAAGAAUGUGAUGAAAACAUAUCGCUCUGUGGAAUUUUUAAAAUGGUUCACAAAAGAGAAUGUCAAAAAAAAAUCCGAUUAGAAAUUGUAAAAAAUAAUGCUUGAAUAAUUUUCACUGUAAGAAUUGGUAAUUCAAUAAUGAAAAUUUAAUUAAGUAUGAUUGAGUUACUUGGAUUGUAAUGAAAAAAAGUUUGGGAUACUUUAACAGCUUUUUCUUAUUUCAAGAAGGUCGGAAACUAUACGAACUACAAAAAUGUAGUUCUGCUAAUAAAGCCGCCUAUUUGCAAAAAACAUAAAAACUAAAACAUAUUAAAAUCAGAACAAAUAAGCAUAAAAUCUCAAAUUAAAAAUUAACAAAGAGCUGCAACACAGCAAAAAAAAUGGGCUGGAACUCAAUCAAAGUCGGAUUUUUGAAAUCUAAAGUUCUUGUAGAAACGUACUGUAUUUUAAUGUAUGCCGGUUCCAUAUUGAUUCCUCGGUUUUUAUUUUGAUUUUAAAUAUCAUUUGAUAUUUCUACUUGCACACCCCUUUUAAUAUUUAAAUGGUUCCCUUCUUUAUUUCAACAUUUCUCUAACGUUAAGAAAACUUUCCGUGUUCAAUAGCAGUGAUGUAUGAAAUGGAUAGAAUAUUUCAGUCACGUAAUAUGAUGCCGAAUAGAAUUGUUAUUCCAAAUUUUUUAAAUUCAAAUGAAAAUAUAUAAAAAUACAUUUGAACCAUGAAAUGGUAUCUAGAAUUUAUAAUUAUGUAUAUAAUGUAUAUAUUAGCUUUAAAAAUUAUAAAUUUUUGUAGUUAUUUAAAGUCUUCAUUACUUUAAGCCUUCAUUUUACUUCAUUGUAUAUUUAUUUUUCAACGCGGAUUACUGUCUAAAAUUUAGUAAAUU